GCCCUGACGCCACCUAAUAUUAUAUCAUUCUAACAGUGCUCAACUCAUGUGAUCCAGCCUAGUAAAUGAGAUCAAACUCGAUAAAGUCGCGUCAGUAAUAUGUGAAAAGGAAACAUUAAAAUGAGUUCCAUUGGCGUUGUCGUGUUCCGUAACUCACCCCUGAAAACGCAAGUGCUUCAAGAGUCUGUGAACAAUAAUGCAAACAUAGUUAAUAAUGAUAUAAACAAUGUGCGACGUGAAUUCGUCAUAGUGCGAAAGAAGAAAGCCUUAUCUCCGCCCGACACGAUUUCCGUGACGUCACAGAUUAGUCCUAGUGAUUGUAGUAACUUUAGUGCUGCACCGAAGCGACCUCGUCAAAGAGAAAACGUUCCAGAUGAAGCGAGAUCUCCGACACCGCUAGCCGUGGCACGACGAAAUGCGCGGGAAAGAAACAGAGUGCGACAAGUUAACGACGGAUUUGCCGCGCUACGUAGACACAUACCGGAUGAAGUGGCUGCAGCGUUCGAGAAUGCCAAUUCUAACAGAGGAUCUAACAAAAAGUUAAGUAAAGUGGAAACGUUGCGGAUGGCCGUAGAAUACAUACGAAAUCUAGAAAGUUUGUUAAAUAUCGGUCACAACAACAAUUAUGACAAAGAAAAUCAGAUGCGUCCGUCUUUGGAAUCGUUUCCAUCUCCUGCUUCAUCAUCUCCAAGAGAAACUAGUCAAGAGCGAAACUAUUAUUCUAUAAACUCCCCACCGAUGGACGACGAUGAUCUAGAUGAAGACGAGUUGGACGGAUCCAUGCAUCAUAUCUCUCAUCAGCAUUAUUUGGGUCUACCUGCGGCCGAAACGUUCCAGUUAGUUUCACCACAUCUAUAUGAAGAAGAAGAUGGCAACGGUCAACCACUGACACCAUCGUCAGAUCUACUCGGUCAGGAAGAUAUUCAUUCAAAUGUGUUAGGCAGCAGUUUCCCUUUUCCUAAUUCAGCAGAACAAUUCAGCCUUAUACCAGAACAAAGCUAUUGUAUAGAAAGCGAUGCGGCCGUAAAUGAAGAGGACUUUGAAGUUAAAUAUGCACAUUCAAUUGAUCAACAGAUAAAUUGUUUCGCUGAAGAGCAAGACUUAGUACUAGAGUCUAUCAAUCCUGAUUUAAUUCUAAAUCAAAGUCAAUACAAACUCAAAGAGGAAACAAAUUUUGUUGAAGAUCAGCAGUAUAAUGACAUUGAACUAAAAAAAGAGCUUCCAGAUAUCCAAGUGACUCCUGAAGAUAGGGAACAAUUUGAGGAAACUCUAAAAUGGUGGCAAGAGAAGACUAAGCAAUCUCGUAUUAUUUCUAAGACCAAUUAAUGUAUAGUUUAUAAGUUUAAUUACACAUAAUUUAAUGAUAAGUAAUGUAUAAUUCAAUGCAUAAAACAUACAGCUGUUGGAACCAAAGUGUGUACUCGAAGCAAACGCAAGGUGUUCUUUAACGGUCAUUCUACGUAAUGUAACGUAUGCCAUAAACUAGAAAUGAUAAUCUUAGUUUUAAUGUUGUUUAGUUGCAUAAUGAUAACAGUAUAAGCCUAGUUUAUUUUUAAAUUAAACUUAAUCGACUUAAAACUUAUA